AUGACGCUGAUAUGUAUGGCGUUCCCCGAAUGGAGAGUCUCCAGUAUCGCAUGCGCUCUCACCGCCUUACCAGCACUUCUGAUACUGAUCUUCAUCUUUCCUGAAAGCCCUACCUGGCUCAAUAACAAGGGACGUCUAGAAGAGAUGCGUACAGCUGAACGCUAUAUUGCCAGAUUCGCUCGUGUCGAGUAUAAACCGGUGGUUCACAAGAAGAUCGAACAUAACAAGACGCUAUGCGAAAUGCUCCAAACAAGAAGCCUUCAUCGCCGCUUAUUCGUUCUGUGGACGAUUGGCGACUUCUUUUUCAACCAAAUCAUCUACUCAAUUCUGAUUGCGCUUUCUAAAAUGGUACUGGUCGCCAUUGAUACAUUCGUUCCGGCGUUCAGUCGGCGAACACUUCAUCAAGGCGCUCAGUUUGUUGUCUGCCUUUGCUUCCUCACACUGUUUUUCCUCACUAUGCAAGGUUACUCGGGUAUCGCAACUCUUAUCAUCAACGUUACCGGUACAAUUUUCAUCGAAUACACUUGGGAUGCGUGCUACCUGUGCGCCGUGGAAUCCAUGGAGACGUCUUGUCGCGCCAGCGCCACUGGCACGUGUUCGUUGAUGGCUCGAGUGGGCGCCAUUAUUGCUCCGGUGCUCACCUACGCCAACGUCUACUGGCCUCCAGCGCUCUAUCUGGCCGUAGUCAUUGCAGGAUUUGUAAAUCUGAUCAUCUCCUACUUCUUCCUGGUGGAAACGAAGAACGUGAACCUCGACAGCGUCACUCUUACCGCGGAUCCGUCCACCGAAGAAUCUGUGAUGCUCGAGAAUGACAACGUGAAGAAUGAGAGACCCUAA